AUGCAGAAGGCGGCGGCGGAGGCCUCGGGGGUCGUGGGCGGCGGCGGGGGUGCCGCGGCGGUGCCCGGCUUCCUGGCCAAGCUCUGGGCGCUCGUGGAAGACCCUGGAAGCGACGCCGUGAUCUGCUGGAGCCGGAAUGGACAGAACUUUAGCAUUCUGGAUGAGCAGAGGUUUGCAAAAGAGUUGCUUCCCAAGUACUUCAAACACAACAACCUGUCCAGCUUUAUUCGUCAGCUCAACAUCUAUGGCUUCCGGAAGGUGGUUGCCCUAGAAAAUGGCAUGAUGACUUCUGCGAAGAACUCGGCCAUUGAGUUUCAGCACCCAUUUUUCAAGCGAGACAAGUUCAGCUUGCUGACAAACAUUAAACGCAAGGUAUCUGCAGUGAGAGCAGAGGAGCUCAAGGUCUGCCCAGAGGACUUGCACAAAGUGUUGUCUGAAGUCCAGGAGAUGAGAGACCAGCAGAACAACAUGGACCUCAAGCUGACCAGUAUGAAAAGGGAGAAUGAAGCCCUGUGGAAGGAGGUGGCAUCUCUUCGGCAGAAGCACAGCCAGCAGCAGCAGCUCCUCUCCAAGAUCCUUGAGUUUAUACUAAACUUGAUGAGGCGGAACUGCAUUGUGGGGCUCAAGCGGAAGCGUUCACUGUCUGAUGGUUCAGGUGCCUCGCCUGCAAAAUAUGGCCGUCAGUAUAUUCACAUUCCUAUUGAAGAUUGUGAACCAGCGGCUAUUUCUGAGCACCAGGUGGGCUGCAAAGAUGCCCUCGUGAUUCGCGACAUCACCAAUGUUCCUGAGGAGGGAGAGGAGGACGCUGGGGAUUGCCCAGAGAGACCGCUUGCUCUAGCUCACAUGGUCCAUGGGAACUGGGGUGGCCAGCUACCCACUGCAGAAGGCAUCCCUCCCAUGAAGCUGGAACUACCAGAGGCCAGCUGUCCAGUUCAGCUUGUGGACAACCCCGUGGGGGGCAGUGCAGAAGAGAGCAGUGCUGUGGAGCUGCGUUCUGCACAGCCCAGCGUGACUGAAGACCCUGCUGCAGUGAUAGCUUCCAUCCUGGACGAAAGCCAGACAGUGGCACAGAGCAGCCCUGUGCUGAAGAGGGAGGAGAUGCAGGACUUCUUGAACUGCAUUGAUGCCAGCCUGGAGGAACUUCAGGCGAUGUUGUCUGGAAAGAAGUUCAGCUAUGGAUCGGAAUCGCUCUCUGAUCCCUGCAGCCCUGAACUAGUGUUGGAUGGCAGCUUGACAGAAGUUCCCACCGAUUUGGAGGGUAUGGAGUACUUGCCAGUAAAUACAGAUGCUGCUGAGACGGACAGACUGCAGACAUUAGGGAAGACAGACAUGCAGCUGAUCCAGUAUAGGGGGAACCCCUUGCUUUCCUUAGUGGAAGAAGCCUCUGCGAAUGAGGCAGCCUGCAAGACGGAGAGUCCCGCUGAUGUUCUCUUGGCUUCGCUGGAGGACAGACCUCCCUCGCCUCCUUCUCCAGCCAGGGAGGCAGCUGCUCAGCAGUUUCCAGAUCCAGCUGGCCUGGAGCCCCAAGAGCCUCUCCUUCUCCCUGAAGACCUGAAUGCGGAAUGUAAGCUUUUCCCGCUCCUCCUUCUCAGCCCCGUUUCAAACUUCAUCGAAGAAGCCUCUGAAAUCAAGCCGCUUGAACCAGACAAAGACCUUCUGGAUCCUGCUGUCCAGCUCUAGAAUGUGCCCCAAGCUGUCCGAGGGGGCAACAUGGAGAAAGCCCCCAAAGCCUGGCAGGCAGGCAGCCUCCGGAGCCAGGCAGGGGCUCCACUGCGUUUUCUAGAAAAGAUCAGAGCAGCUAGUGAUUGACUUCCAGCUCCUUUUUAUAUGCAUCUCUUCUAUUGGCAGGACAACCUCUUUGUGUGGCUUGGUUAGGUUAGGUUUUUUUAACCGCACGGCUUUCUUUUCCUAUCAUUAGCCACAGUCCACUUUUUGUACUGGGCUAAAUCAUAUCGUAUGCACUCCUCAGUAUGCCUCAGUAUCUGCGUAAGCAAGUUCUGUUUCCUAUGGAAAACAAUGUAUUUUUAACGCUGAUCCAUAAAAUUAUGCAGAAA